UUAGUGCCAAGAAAUAUUGAAUACAAUGGGUUUGUUGACUUGGUUUACAAGGGUUUGAAAUUGGAAAGAGAGAAGGCAGACCUAACAAUAGAGUAUCAAGUAAAUGAUGGGUCGCCAAGGAUAAUAAUACAGAAUGAUGAUCAUGUGCAAUUCUACUUGGAGUUAAAAAGAAAAGAAGAUGCAACGCGUUUCCCUUUAUGCAUAACCAUAGAGAUGCGGCAGACUACUGCAUCAGAUGAAGGAAGCAACCGCUUGCCGCCAACAGAUCGAGCAGAAACUAUGGUAGAUUACCAAGAUCAGCCCAUAGUAGCAGCAGAUGAUUGUGAGAGAACUACACAGCCAUUGUGUAUAGAGACGAUGAGUGAUGCCACAACACGAUAUGAUGGUGAGAAAACUCCUCAGCCAUUGUGUGUAGAGAUGAGUGAUGCCACAACAAGAUAUGGUGGUGAGCAAUCAGGAAAUGUUGCACUUGCAAAGCUACAACCAAGGAGGAAAAGGAAGAAGAUGAAGGAAAUCAUGGACCAAAUUGAAGAAAUAAUUCCUAUCGUGGAGCCGAAUGAGUGCUAUGAAAUAUAUGAAAAACAACUAUUCAAAAACAAGGAUACUUUGAGUAGAACAAUUUCCAUGAUAGCACUCAAGGAAAAAUAUCAAUAUAGGGUUUUCAAGUCCGACAAAACAAGAAUAAUUCUGCGUUGCGUUGAUGAGAAUUGCAAGUGGAGGGUUCGGGCAACAAAGUACAACGAAACAGAUAUGUUUCAAGUGACAAAAUAUAAUGAAACACAUACUUGCUCCUUGGAUCUCCUCCAAUGCGACCAUCGGCAAGCUAGUAGCCAAAUAAUAAGUGAACACAUAAAAAAAAAGUACGAGGAAUCAGGGAGAACCGUUUAUGCACCCAACAACAUCAUCGAAGACUUGAAGAAUGAAUUUGGUAUUGAUGUGAGUUAUGAGAAGGCGUGGAGAGCCAGAAAGAUAGCACUAGAGAAGAUUGGAGGUGAUGUGGACAAAUCCUAUGAAGAACUGGCCUCUUUUCUAUACACGUUGAACAAAACAAAUCCAGGAUCUGUAGCCGACAUAGUUCUUGAUGAUGAAAACAAGUUUAAAUACAUGUUCAUGGCGGUUGCAGCAUCAAUACAUGGGUGGAAACAUUGCAGGCCAGUUAUUGUGGUGGACGAAAUUUUCCUAGAGUGCAAGCACAGAGGGUCAUUGUUGUGUGCGUGCGCAGAAGAUGCCAACAACCAAAUUUUUCCACUGGCCUUCGGUAUUGGCGAAUCAGAAAAUGAUGAAUCAUGGGAGUACUUUUUCAAGAGACUUAGCGAAGCUUUUAGUGAAAGAGACGGGAUGUGGAUUGUGUCCGAUCAACAUCCUAGCAUCCACGAGGAAGCGGCAAAGUCCUAUCCAAAUGCAUUGCUUGGGUAUUGCAACUGUCAGCUUCUUCAAAAUUUAGAGGUCAAAUUUCGCGGUGUUUCUAAAGCACUAGCAGAAAACUUCAAAGGAGCUUCUGGGGCAUAUGACAAAGAGGAGUUUGAGUUCUAUAUGAGCAAAUUGGAUAAAGCACAUGGUGGUAUCAGGAAGUACUUAGAGGGCGUGGGACUUCAAAAAUGGGCUAGGGCAUUCUCCCCAAAAUCAAGAUAUGGAGUUAUGACGUUAAAUAUAGCAGAAUCAAUGAACAUCCAUGACGAGAAUGUUAGGGACAUGCCGGUGGCAACACUUAUGGAGUGGCUUCGAUCAAUGCUUCAAGAUUGGUUUUGCAUAAGAAGGCAGAACGCAGAAGUUGCAUCCACAAAAUUAGCAGAAGAAGCAGAGAACGAGGUGCGAAAAAACUUUGAGGAGUCGUCAAAAUUAACGACCAAACCAACGAAUGAUGACAUAUUUGAAGUUUAUAACAAAAACAAGAGCUGGGUGGUAAACAUGAAACAGAAGACAUGCACAUGCGGUCGAUUGGAACACGAUCAACUACCAUGCUCCCAUUCCAUUGCGGCAAGUAACAAGAUGAACAUGGGCAUAUACAAGUAUUCUUCGUACUACUACACAAACGAGGCACUCCAAAACACUUACCACCAUACAGUUCACCCACUUGGAGACUCAUCAACAUGGAAUGUGCCGGACAACAUAAAAGCAAUGAAGAUAUUUGCACCCUCGACAAAGAACCCACCAGGAAGACCGAGAACCAACAAAAUACCAUCAGCGGAGGAAACCGAGAAAACAAAAGUAAAAUGUGGCAGGUGUGGAAGGUUCGGGCACAACAGGAAGACGUGCAAAUGUUAGGAUUGAUGCACAAAAUAUGUUAGUUAUUUUAGUUGAAAUGACUAGAAACAGAUUCUAGUACAUGAAAUAUUUACAGGGUUGUACAGGGUUUUUCUUUGUUGGAAGUUUUUCUUUGUUUUGUACAGGAUUGUCACUUUAUCUUUCCUAGCUUUUUGUCUAUGUUAGGAACUGAAGCUGGCGAGUAUAAGGUCCCGUUCAUUUUAUCGAUUUGAGUUUUGUUACAG